CUGCUUAUAUUUAUUUAAACAAAUCUUCUUAUUCUUUUCGCCCCAAAACAGAAGCUUUUAAUUUCUUCUUUUACCGCGUCCACCAUGGAACUGAUCUGAAGGGAGCAUUCAGAAGUUUCAGCCAUGGACGAUAACACCACCAAUCCUUCUCGGCCAUCUCUUCUUUCUCUUCCUUACCAUUUGCAGAAGAUGAAGUGCUCUCUUUUCGCUUUGCUCUUCUACUUUCCCCCAUCUCUGCUCGUUCUCGUCCUACUUGUGCUUUUGGCAUACAAUAGUGCCAGCAUUUUCUGUGUUCAAGUCCAUUUUCCGGCAGAAAUCACCCCCGAAUCCCAUAGUUUCUCCCUAGAAAACGCAAACGCAGUUGGAGAUACAGCACGAAAAUGGUCUUCCUCUUCGUCUUCGUUAUCCUCCUCCGUCAUGUACGCCGUCAAGGAAGAAAUCCCACCUUCUAAACUGAAGUCCCAUUUGCCGCUAUUGCAAGAACCUAAGUCUUCUUCAGUUCUUUCAUUUAACUCUUUUCCGACUCACAGACCAAGGAGGUCGAGAAAGAAUAAGAUGGUGGUAUUCAAGCAUUUGCAGUCCUCCAACCUGUCAAGGCAAUUUUCUGUGAGAGUGAACGAAUUCUUUCACGGGUCUUACUUGAAUUCUUCCAAUUCUUCUUAUUGCAAGGUUCGUUUCUUCAUGACUUGGAUUUCUUCUUUGGAGUCGUUUGGUCACAGAGAGUUGUUUGCAGUAGAGAGUCUUUUUAAGUCACAUCCAAAUGCUUGUCUGCUGAUAGUCUCAAAUUCCUUGGAUUCAAAAGGAGGAACCCAACUCCUAAAACCGUUCUUAGACCAGGGAUUCAGGGUCGCUGCAAUUUUCCCUGAUUUCAGCUACAUCUUCAAGGAUACAUAUGCUGAAGUUUGGUUCAAUCACCUAAGGAAGGGGAAUGUCGAUCCUGGGGAGGUUUCCCUUGGUCAGAACCUCUCCAAUUUGCUUAGGCUCGCACUCCUAUACAAGUAUGGUGGAAUUUAUAUAGACAGCGAUGUUAUAGUCUUGAAGAGCUUCUCUAAUUUGAGAAAUGCCAUAGGAGCACAGACCGUUGAUCUUAAAACUGGACAUUGGAGUCGGUUGAACAACGCUGUUCUGAUAUUUGACAAGAUGCAUCCACUCCUUCACAAGUUCAUCGAGGAAUUCGCACUCACCUUCAAUGGAAAUAAGUGGGGCCACAAUGGGCCUUACCUGGUUUCAAGGGUAGUUUCAAGAGUGGGAGAAAGACCUGACUUUAAUUUCACUGUGUUGCCGCCGUCUGCAUUUUAUCCAGUUGAUUGGAGUAGGGUCCGAAGCUUCUUUCAUGGACCCCGAGGCAGUGCCCAUUUAAAAUGGAUGUCUUCAAAGCUCAGGCACGUUCGCGAACAAAGCUUUGCCGUUCACCUAUGGAACAGGCACAGUAGAAAGAUGAAGGUUGAAGAAGGGAGCAUCAUCAGUCACAUAGUGUCGAACUGCUGCAUCUUCUGCAACCAUAAAGUCUCAGUCUCAUAGGUAUGGAAGAAGGAUGAAGCAUAUGUAUGGACCAACUCAGUCCAUUACAUCGUUAGUCUUGUAAAAUUAUGGACCAAAUCAGUCUAUCUCGACUCCUCUUCUUUUCCCAUGUCCCCAUCCGGUAGUGUGGUUAUGGACCAACUCAGUCCAUAACAUCGUUAGUCUUGUAAAAUUAAGGAAAAUAAAAUAUUUUUUCUUUUAAUCAGUCGUAAUUUCAGUAUAAGGAACAUCUGGGUUUCUGUAAUUUGUGUUGUAUCUUCUUGCAAGAUCAAUUAAGGCAUUUUGCAUUUACAGGAAGACAAUUUCAUUUGUUCUCAGAUUCCAUAUUAUCUACAA